GAGGGGGGUGAAGGUCGCAGGGUAAAGCUGCUGGAAGCUCCUCUCUCUUUCCUGCAGGAAUCCAUGUGGAGGGGGCGGUAGUGGUGUUUAGAGGGGAGGACGUUGCUGCUGCUGCACGACUGCUGCCUGAAUCUGACAAUUAACCUCCACACACACCCGCCGAGUGACUGCACUCAUCAGGCGCAGGUGCGUGGACUUGCUCCCCACGCAGCUUGAUGACGGGACAUUGGCGCCUUUGGAGGCAAACCGCCAAACUACAACAAGGAGAGAGGAUCUAGCAGCGGAUGACAGCGGCUUUUUUUUCCCCUCCCCUCCUCUUGACGGGACAACAUGCAUGUUGGAUCGGAGUGGGAGCCUGCUCGGUGUUCUUCCAUCGCUGCAUUGAUUUAUAGUACUAUUUCCCAGCUGUGAUAGGCAUUGACAUGAGGACCACAUUCCGGCUGUGUUGCGUUUAAAAAAAACCCGAGGCAAACAAGGCGCCAGUUUCUUCACCUCUCAAGGGCGGCAUAAUAAUAAAACCUAAAUAAUAGGAAGAUAAAAGUGGAGGCAGCAUGGAGCAGGACGACACUGUGAACGCGUCCAAGAAGAGCAUCAUGGCGAAAAUCUUCAAAGUUCGCAAGAGGAGGGAGAUGCUUUUUGUACAGGUGUGCUUCAUCUGCAGUGUCCUCUUCGUGGCGUGGACCAUGUCGGCGCUGUUGACUAAAACAGGCCAUGGGAUGAUAGUGGAGGACCCCAACCUGGAGCGCUGGGGCAGGCGGCUAAUGGCUUCAGCAGCCGAAAACGAUACAGAGCCCAAAAACUGUUCAGCACCAGCAAUACACGAGUUCCCCGAUGACCUUUUCACCAACAACGAACGGAAGAGCGGUGCCAUCCUGCUACACAUUGCGGCGGCCCUCUACAUGUUCCUUGCCCUCGCCAUAACAUGUGACGAAUACUUUGUGACGUCAUUGGAGAAGAUCUGCGAGAAACUUCACCUCAGUGAAGACGUCGCCGGCGCCACCUUUAUGGCAGCUGGCAGCUCUGCGCCCGAGCUUUUUGCCUCUGUCAUUGGUGUCUUCAUCACCCAUGGAGACGUGGGGGUGGGGACCAUUGUUGGCUCAGCCGUCUUCAACAUCCUUUGCAUCAUUGGAGUCUGUGGGAUCUUUGCUGGACAGGUGGUCAUGCUGACUUGGUGGGCAGUUUUCCGAGAUUCCUUCUACUACAUCCUGUCCGUCAUCGCUCUUAUCGCAUUCAUCUACGACGAGAAGAUUGUGUGGUGGGAGAGUUUAGUCCUGGUGGUCAUGUAUGCAGGAUACAUCCUGGUCAUGAAAUUCAACUCCAGCAUGCAGGCGUUCUUCAUGGGCAGCUCCAAGAAGAACGUGGCCAACGGGAACGCGGCGGCCAGCAGCGAGAUGGAGGACGGUAAAGCAACUUAUGGCAGUUAUUGGGAUGACGACCCGUCAGUUCCCUUGCUGACAAAAGUGAAGCCUACCAAGGCUUACAGCCGUGGCUCCGUCGUGAUGGUGGACGAGAUCAUGAACGCCAGCCCUUCCAAGUUCCGCUUCCCCGAAGCGGGCCUGCGAGUCAUGGUGACUAACCACUUCGGACCCAAGACCCGCCUGCGCAUGGCGAGCCGCCUCAUCAUCACAGAGAAGUUGGUCCAGGCUGCCAACGGGGUGGAGACACAAGUGAUCGAUGGCAAGGCUGACAUCGAGAACGGGAACGUGCCAGAGGAAAAACCCACAGAGGCGGAGGAAAAUGGCAUCUCCCCGUUUCAUAUUCCCAAGGGAGUCGGCAACAAAUUCAAGUGGUUGAUCUCGUGGCCUCUGCUGCUGCUGUUGUUCCUCACCGUCCCAAACUGUGGUAAACCUCGCUGGGAGAGAUGCUUCAUGCUCUCCUUCAUCCUCUCCACUGUCUGGAUCGCCGUCUUCUCCUACCUGAUGGUCUGGAUGGUGACUAUAAUUGGCUACACUCUGGGAAUCCCUGACGUCAUCAUGGGUAUCACCUUCCUGGCAGCGGGCACCAGCGUCCCAGACUGCAUAGCCAGUCUCAUUGUGGCUCGCCAAGGUUUGGGAGACAUGGCCGUGUCCAACACGAUUGGAAGCAACGUCUUUGACAUUCUCGUUGGACUGGGGGUCCCAUGGGCUCUCCAAACCAUGUGUGUUGACUAUGGAUCAGAGGUGAUGAUCAACAGUCGAGGACUUUUGUAUUCUGUGGUGCUUCUGCUGGGCUCUGUGGCUCUCACAGUCCUUGGGAUUCACCUGAACAAGUGGCGGCUGGAUCUGAAGCUGGGCGUCUACGUGCUGGUCCUGUACGCCGUCUUCCUCUGCUUCUCAGUCAUGAUCGAAUACAACGUCUUCACUUUCGUCAACCUGCCCAUGUGCUUUGAGGAGUAACGCGCAACAUGCAGCAGCAGGGACACCAAAAAGUCCACAGAGCCCCGCCCCCUCCACCACCCCUCCCGUUUGGACCUAUCUCUUUUGAUCACUUGUAAUGUGUAGUCCCAAGUUUGUCCACUGGGUGGCACACUUGAGUCGUGUCAUGGAACCGCCAGUAAUGCUCAUUUGGAGCGUCGCCUCUUGAUCUGUCAACUGUCUGUCCAUUUAGCAUGCCUUUUUAGAUGUCAGGGGCGGGACCUUCAGAGUCUUAAGUCUCCCCCCCCGCCGUGAUUGUUGCUGUGUGAUCACUUUUUCACGUCACCAUUCCAAAGCUUGGCCGCAAGCCAAAUCACACGUUGAAAGAACCCUCAAAAGGUUUACCGAGAACUCCAGGACCCAAAGAGACAAGCACACUUUUUUGAGGGUGGGGGGGUUAGGUUUUUUUUUUUUAUUUAUUUAUGGAGGAGGAUGGCCUUGUCCUUGGCAGCUCCAGUAUGGACUCAACCAGGAAGUAGAUGCUCUCUGACCCUCAAUCACCUGUAACAUUUUUCAUUUUUUAGUUUGUAAAAAUGUUCUGCACAAUGUUAAACUGUACACUUUUUUUUGCAUUUAUUUAUUUUUUCAGAAGUCUUUCACUGGAACUUUUCUACGUGAUACGCUCGCAUCUCGUGCUGCAAGGAGAUUGGCUUCAACUGUGGCUUUGUUGCUCUGCCCAACGCACAACUUGAGACGCGUCUCCAGAUCAGUUGCUCUUUUUCCACGGUGAGACGCUGGAAAGGAACUCUCAAUGAUGACUGUCUGCUAUUGCACCCUGCGGCCACCGGGGGGUGCCAACCACAGCCGUUAGUGAUCAGGGACAGCUUCUGGGGGGGCUAUCGGGCUUGAUUUUUGAGUUGUAUGUAGAUACUGCACUUUAACAGCCAUUCUCUCAUUCUCAAUCAACUAGUGCUUCCUUCUGUGUGUCUGCGCGCGCGCGCGCGCGCGUGUGUGUGUGCCCCCCCACGCUUGUUGAUACGGACUAGUGAAUACCACGAGCACACCCGCCUCUUGUCUACAGUGCAUGCCGGGACAUUAAAUGCAGUUCCUCGCCCUCCGAAGCACAGCAAAAAAAAGGCUGAUUGCUCCCGGUGCAUCUCCAUGGCAACCGCCCGGCCCAGUUUUACACAAGAAUAUGAAAGAAAUCGGCAGCUACACUGCAGUUUUUUGCAAAAAUGCGAGAAUGCGCCGAGGCGCAGGGUGGGGGGGAGAUGAAUAUAUUCCUGUGCCACACAUGGCGGCAGGCACUUGUAUAUGCAAUCUCAAUGUAGUGUGUGUGUGUGUGCGUGUGCGUGCGCGUGAGACACGAGGGCCUUGCCAGGUCGCCAUGACGAUGUUGUCCGUCUAGUACUACUGUGUGAGCUCACAGGUGUUUUUUUUUUUUUUGUGAUUGCUGUUGAACUGAGCCAAAGGAUGGACUUUUCUGGAAGACUGGCCUCACAGGAAGUCUGUUGAUCUUUUUUGUUGGUUUUUUUGGGGGGGGUUUCCACUCCUGCAUUUUGUAUCCAGCGGGACAUGCUGGAAGUUGCUCCAUAUUUUGGUUUUUGGGGGACUCUGUCACUUUAAGAGAACCUGCAUGAGAGCACUUAAGGACAAAGAAAGUUGGACCCCCUUAAGAUGCGUCUCUGUGGGUCGAGCAGUGACCCACGUCUGUAGAUACACGUUACUGUUGGGAAGCAGCACCGUACAACGCUGUUCUAUGUGGUCCGUAUCUUGGUUGCCAGGUUGGAGUUUUGUCCUCCACUUGAGCUUGAUUUUUUUUCUCCUUUUUCCGGAAAGGACAUGGGAGGGCGCGAAAAGUGUACAAAACUAUCACGCACACGUGAAGGCGCCACGCGUGUUUUUCUUCGAUUGAAUGCGACCUGAUGCACUGUGAGCUCAAUGUGAUGUGGGAGUUGUUGUCAAGAAUAAGAAAUAAAAAAAAUAUAUUUAAUGUAAAGUUAGUUACUAUUAAAAAAAACAAACAUUAUUGUAUAACUUAUAUGAAUGUAUUGUCUUGCUAUACUGGACAUAUCCAACCAAUGCAUUUUACUGUAAAGCAAUAAUGUUAAGAAAAAAAUAAAAUUGCAAAAUUG